CCGCCUCGCACCCUUGAUUGCCCUCGCAGACCUGAAUCAAAUCAUGUAAGUAACCGCUAAUUGAAGAAUUUCAUCUUUUCGGCACUGAUUGACAACGGAAAGGGCCACAACACCUACCGCUGUGCCCUACCAGAAAGGGACGAAGCUAGAUAUACUCGUGCGCGAAACCUAUGUCGGCGACAUAUCGCCCUCUGAGCCGGUUACCGUCACAAUCCACAAACUGCUUUCAAUAACCACAUCCGCGGUCCUGGACGUCACCAUGCCAAACCCCCACGGCAGUCCCACGCACUUUGUUCUCAAGCUUUACGACCGUCGGUUUGGCACAUUUCUUCGCUCUAAUGUACACGGCCAGGUCGUGCCACAUACACAGGAAAUUGAAGCGGCAUUUCGGACCUUCGUCAUGAAAGGGACAAUGCUCGCUUUUCUCGAGUGGCUAGAGGACACGAACAAGACACGCGAUAUGCCCAUGAAACCUCGGCAUUUUCUAGACGACGCCGACAACGGUCCUGUCAAGUUCGAGGCGGCCCUGUGGGCAAAGUGCCACGAGAACUUUGAACGCGAGACCCAGGCCUAUACCCGGCUCAGGGAUCUCCAGGGCAAGUCCAUCCCGCGUAUGCUUGCGCAUGUAUGCCUGGCAGCCACCGACGACGAACCUGUGGACGCCCUCAAAGAAAUGUCUCCGGAGUUGGUGCCCUACUUGGAAGUCAACGGCAUUCUUUUGGAACGGAUCGACGGAUAUGAAUUAGAAGACAUGACCGCUUCACCGCUAGCUCCUCCAACCCAUGAGUGGCAACGAAUUGUGCAAUCGGCGGUUAAUCUAGCGCAUGAUAUCAAUAGGCGCGGCAUCGUCAUGCAGGAUUGCGACCCGCGCAACGUGGUUGUGCACGAGGUUUCGCAGACGCCGCACUUCGUCGACUUGGCAGAGUGUCGCUUCCGGGAUGAGAUGGAGAAGUAUUGGCAUGAGUGGGAGUGGGACGACGAUGAAGAUUGGGAUCCGGAGAUCGAGUACUGGAAGUUUGUAGACGACUAUGAUAACCCGAAGGAUAUAGGGGCGCCAAUGGUGACUCGCGCGAAAAGAGAGAGGGGCGUGGACCUGCAAGUUGAGUAUCCGACUUGCAAGGCUCUCAUAUCCCAUAUACGGCACAGGAAAGCGGAGGUAGCAAGAAAAUGGUAGGAUUAAGGCAGUACUUUCUUCUCUCA